CCAGCGUCAUGGGCGUCACAACCCUUCUACAGCACUUCAUUUGCUUCCUCUCUGCUCAUGGAUUCUUUCCCUGGUAUGCCAUCUUGACAUGAUGGCUAGUCAGAGAGAUGAGGAAAGGCCCUUACUGCACUCUGAUGCGGAUGGCGACGGGGGCAGUCGAUUCAGUCAAGAAACGCGACGAGUACAGUUCGACGACGACGAUGAAGAAAAUCCGAAAGCCUGGACGAAGCGCAGGAAACUCGUCAACGUGGGAAUCAUUGCUCUGAUGGCCAUCUUGAGUCCGUUGGCAAGCUCGAUGUUUACUCCUGGCAUCUCCCAGAUUGCUGAAGAUCUGAACACCGACGAGCAAAGUGUGAUCGCCACAACAACUGGCUUCGUCAUCAUGCUGGGAUUUGGUCCCUUGAUGUUGGCGCCCUUCUCGGAGACAUUUGGGCGGCGCAGGCUGUACCUCUGGGGAUUUUCGAUAUUUACGCUGCUUCAACUCGCUUCUGCCUUUAGCCCUAAUAUCGCCACACUUAUUAGUCUACGCACUAUUUCUGGCUUUUUUGGGAGCGUCGGCCUCGCCAAUGGAGGCGGGACACUCUCAGACAUGUACGACCCGUCAGAAAGAGCAGGUGUAUUCGGAUGGUACCUGCUAGGACCACUGCUCGGACCAACCAUAGGGCCUCUCUUUGGAGGCCUCAUUGUCAGUCGACUUGGCUGGAGAUGGAUAUACUGGAUCCUCACCAUUGUUUGUGGAUUGAAUACCGCUGUAGGAUAUUUGUUCCUUCGAGAGACAUAUGUGCCGGUGCUCCUCAGCCGGCGAAAAGUCAGCCUGCAGAAUGACAAUGAUCGAGACAUCAAAUUUCAUUUCGACGGCGAGGACGAGCGGCCGUUGUGGUUGAAACUUCGCAGCAGCCUGAAAAGACCGUUUGUGAUAUUCGUUCAACCAAUCGUGUUGGUCAUGAGCCUGUACCAAGCUCUCAUUUUUGGCACGACAUAUAGCAUAUACACCAACAUGCAGAGUAUCUUCUCACAGCCGCCGUACAACUUCAACUCGGAGCAAAUUGGACUUUUGUAUCUGGGGCCUGGCCUUGGCUUCCUGACGUCCGUCUGGUUUCUGGUCCCUCGAAUAGACACUGUGUUCAACACACUGACAAAAAGGAAUGAUGGCCAGGCGUUGCCGGAAUUUCGCCUGCCGCUCGCCAAUAUCGGCAGUGUAUUGAUCCCUGUCAGCAUAUUUGCCUUUGCAUGGCUGGUGGAGUUUCGCGUUCACUGGAUUGCCAGUGUCAUCGCCGCCUACUUCUAUGGUAUUGGCCAAGUGGUUGUGUUCAACGCAGUUCAAAACUACUACAUUGAUUCAUUCUCGAAAUACGCUGCAUCUGCGAUCGCCGGCGGAUCGGUGUUUAGGAGUCUGUUGGGAGGGGUGACCCCUUUAAUAGCCCCCUUGUUAUUUCAGAAGCUGGGAUAUGGCCUCGGGAUCAGCUGCUUCGGCUUCGUUGCGGUUCUUAUCGCACCUAGUCCGUUGUUGUUCUAUUAUUAUGGGGAACGCAUCCGUCAUAGGUUUCAAAUCACUUUCUGAUCACUUUCUGACUUGGGACUGGGUGGGAUUGAACAUCUGGUGUGGUAGCUGUGGGAGUCGCCCUGGUUUCAUUGGAUGCGAGGCGUUCAUUCGAGUUGGUGGAUACAAGGUGUUUGAUUUGUGCUACCACACCAGACACAACCCAGCAUGCAUUUGGUGGAACGGUGGGCUCCCUCCUUUUCUCUCGGACCGGGGGAUCAUUGUGACAGUACAGAGUAGCA